AUGAAGCUUUCUAUCAGUGUACUCAUCGGUGUUAUCGCGACUAUCGCUGGUGUGUCGUCCCUCGAGUUUGAUCUCGGCUACGCGGGCGAGUCAUUGUCAGACAUUCCUAAGGAAAAGAGGGUCGAUGCCCUCCUCAACCACCUGGACGCAUGGGAAAUGCGUCGAGGCCUUCUCUCCAAGAAUGAAAUGGCAUUGAAAAAGCGUGGUGGAUCUGGUGAAUCCUCUGUCCAGGACUCGAUUGGAAACGUUGUUGUCAAUGUGAAGAUUGGUUCGGAAAAGAGCGAGGUGCCUAUGCUCGUGGACACUGGCAGCCCAUCUACGCUGGUGAAGGAUGACUUUUACAACUCGAACAAGUCAAGCACUGCAUCGGAUCCCCUCGCUCUGUUCAUGGUCGGCUACUUAAGUGGACAGGGUGCAAAGGGUCCUGUCGUCGCGGACGACUUCUACUUUGGUGACUUGACGGCCAAGUCAUUCCCUAUUGGUAUUUUGACGAAGAAAUACUACGGUGUGGUGAUGAAUGAAAAGAUUGGAGGACUCUUGGCUAUCAUGUACCCCGGUCUUGCCGAAAAUCAAUGGUACAACGGGCAACCUCAGGAGGUUGACCUGAUUUCCAACCUUAAAUACCAAGGAGCGAUUGACAACCGCAAGUGGCAAAUGUCAAUCGGCAAGGGUGGAAAGCUCAUCAUUGGAGACCACGAUGACUCUCUUGCUGAGGGUGGUUUUCAAGAAAUGACCAACUCGGGCAUGUCGCAGAAUCACGUUGGUAUUAAGGGCAAGUUCAACGACGGCCCCCAAGUGAUCUUCUUCUUUGACACUGGCUCUCAUGGUAUCAUCACCACUGCUGACAACGCCAAGAAGAUUUUCAACGAUGUUGGUGCGGAGUCGAAGGAAGUAGACAGCGGUAACGUGAUUGGUCUUGUCGACUGCAAGAACCCUCCGACUCUCAAGUUCUCGGCUACUGAGGGCGACUUGGAAAUCGAGAUUCCCAAGGAAGAUAUUACUAGCAAGGAAGCUGGUGAUGGCAAGUGUAUCUUGCCGAUUUCUGGUUCUGAGAAGGUCGGCACGAAUGGCUCGCUCAGGCAUAUGCCCAACGCCUUUGUUGUUGGUGAGGCGUACUUGCGUCAUGUCACGUUUGCUGCUGAUUUCGACUCGCCCAUGAAAGUUUGGAUCGGCAAGCAGAAGAGUAACUAA